CGAAAUUCUGUGGCGGCGACGCGGGUUUUACGACGGUAGUACGGAAGUGUUGUCAAAAUUAUGCGGCAACAACACGGGUUUUACGGCGGUAGUACGGAAAUUCUGCCGAAAUUCUGCGGCGGCGACGAAGGUUUUUCGGCGGUGGUACGAAAGUGCUGCCGAAAUUCUGCGGCAGCAACAAAGGUCUUACGACGGAGGUGCGUAAGCGCUGUUGAAACUCUACGGCGACGACGCAAGUCUUACGGCGGUGGUGCGGAAGCGCUGUCGAAUUUCUGCGUCGGUGGCACUGAUUUUAACGACAGUGGUGCGAAAGCGCUGUCGAAACUCUGUGGCGGCGACACUCAGUUUAACGGCGGUGGUGCGGAAGCGCUGUUGAAACUCUGCGGCAGCGGCACUAAGUUUGACGGCGGUGGUGCGGAAGCGCUGUUGAAUUUUUGCGGCGGUGACACUGAUUUUAACGGCGGUGGUGCGAAAGCGCUGUCGAAACUCUGCGGCGGCGACACUAAGUUUAACGGCGGAGGUGCGGAAGCGCUGUCGAAUUUCUGCGGCGGCGACACUGAGUUUCUCGGCAGUGGUAUGGAAGUGAUGCAAUUUUUUUUACAACGACAGCACAGGAUUUACGACAGUGUCAAUGAUAUUUUUGCAUUGAGCAACAACUAGGCAUUGACGAAGUGAAGGUGCCGCUAGAGUGGUGUAUUUUGAAAUAACUUGGACUUGAUGACGCGGUAACGCGGUGACGGCGGAAGCAAUUGGCAACGACGCUUACUGAAAAGUAGGUAGAAGGAUGCUUGCAAAGGAGAUUGUCUUCUUUCUACCUUCCAUCUGCCUGCUUGUCAAAGUGAACUUGUUGUUUUGAAAAAAAAUAAUUUAAUGCGUGUCGUAAAAUGAAUGUGAUUGAAAUGA